AUGAUCACGUAUGCCCAGCAGCUGAACUAUGCGAAGGUCUUCGGAGAGAGCCUGUUCUAUGGUGCCGACUGUGUGCUCAUGAUCGCGAUCCUCCACAUACAGCUGUGCGUUCCCUUCCAUCCUUCGGUGAAGGGUUUCGUCCAACGAAGCGUGGACCUGCAGGACAUCCCGGCGGUUGUUGCCAACGCACAGGGCCCUUCUACCAUGACGGGGACCGUCCCCCCACGCGUGCUGCAGUCUGCGGUCGCGGUUUCCCAGAUUAAUACAGCCCUCGGGGAUUUUGUGUUAAUAUGGCGCGUGUGGGUCGUUUGGAGCCGCGACUAUCGGGUGGUCGUUAUCCCGGUACUUCUUUUGAUCGUGGGAUUCGUGGCUGGGAUUCUGUCCGCGAUGGAAUCCACGAACUACGACGCCCUCAGCAAGAUCCUUCCUAUGCCCACCACCGUCCUCGGCGUCGUGAACACAACCCUCUGCACUGCGCUCAUCGCCGGGCGACUAGCCUAUGUCGACCACCUCGUCAAAGGCAUCUUCACCUUUAACGCCGGCCGCGACCGCCCCUACAGGGCCACCAUCCUCAUGGUCGUGGAGUCCGGCGCCGUGCUCACCGCCGCAAACGUCAUCGGCCUCGUUCUGGAACGGCGCGGGCACCCAGGCCUCCACGUCAUGCUCAACAUCCAAACACCGCUCACGUACAUGGUUCCCACUUCCAUCAUCGUCCUCUCCCACUUCCGGCUCGUCCCCGGGGACGCCGCGGACGGGACGUCGACGACCCCGGUCCAAUUCGCGUCCCACAUCAGCAUCAGCCUCGGGGACGCGGCUUCGACCGGGCGGCGUGGCGGGACGGUGUCGGACCCUCGCGCUGCGCUCCACCGCGCGUCGCAGGCCGGGUUGGAGGACGUUGAGAAGCAAGUAGGGUCGUGCGGGGCGGCCUGA